CCCCGGCCCCAGCCGUUCACAACAAGCAGUGCGUGAGACAUUUGGGCCGUGAUUUCCUAGUGGUUCCGGAACUAUCAGAAGUAUCUUCGGAAGUCUGCGGGUUAUCGCCAAACCUACAGACAGAAGUUUGGAUUGUGGUUCGGAAACCGCGAGAUCGCCAACUUACAUUGGACAUAUCUGUCGCCUUCAGUCAGUUGUUGUGGUGGACAGUGGUGACAUCUUGGAACUGGACUGUCCACGUGAUGGCUGGACAGAUGAAAGCCCUCCGGCAGCUUCUGGCUGCCCUGGCUGUUGCUUGUAUCGUCGACCAAACUGGAGGUAGUGCAAGUUACCGUACCCGGGGCGCCAGUAAGGGUCAUGAUGGCUAUGUCCGGAUACAGGAAACAGGCAAAGUCUACGAUGCUGCCAGUGUUCAGAUUCAGGAUCCUAGCCAAACAAAUGGUACGGGUGUGCAGACACACGCCAGUAUGAGUCGCCAAUCACAGUCUGGUAUGGGUCUGAAGUCCCAGUCCCAGUCCCAGUCCCAGUAUGAGAUGAAGCAGUCCAGUCAUUCCUAUUCAUCAUACAGCAGUGGAGGCAGUUCCAGCAGCAGGUCCCACAACUCUUCUAGAAAGUCCAGUUACGUCGGGAAAGGCCAGGUCCAUGGCCGUUCCAUGGGCCUUAAGGCUAAUGGCGAAGACGGUCAAGGAGGUUUCAGAAGUCAAUCCUAUAGCUCUUCUGGAUCAAUGAAACCCAGAUCUGGUUUUCAAGGUGGUUCAACGGGUCUAUCCUACAGCUCAGGCAGUCAAGGUAGUUCUGAAGGCCAAAUUCAAGGCGGUUCUAUGCGGAAAUCUUACAGUUCUAGAGGACAAACUCAAGGCGGUUCCAUGGGGAAAUCUUACAGCUCGGGGAGUCAAGGUAGUUCAAGAAGCCAAUCAUACAGUUCUGAAGGCCAAACUCAAGGCGGUUCCAUGGGGAAAUCUCACAGCUCACAAGUUCAAGGUGCUACCAGAAAUCCAUCCGACAGAACUGGGGGCCAAGGUCAAGGCGCUUCCAGAAGUCAGUCCUACAGCUCUGGAAGUCGGGUUCAAGGAGGUACCCGUGCUGGGUCACAACUGAUCAAAAAGAGUGAUGGAAAGUCCUUGUUGUUUAAGUUGGAGUACACAGAUGAGCAGAGAAUUCAGCAUCUCAACAGCCAGCGUGAAGCAGGGAGGAGAACUGGAGGUGGGUACAGUGUAGGGACCGGUGGUACUCUGGCAGCAGCUAGACGGCAGGUGGAGGAAGAGAGGAGAAGACAGGCAGAGGAAGAGAGAAGACAAGCUGAGGAAGAAAGGAGGCAGGCUGAAGAAGAGAGAAGAAGACAUACUGAGGAAGAGAGAAGAAGACAAGUUGAUGAAGAAAGGAUAAAAGGUGGGGAAGAGAGAAGACAAACGGAGGAAGAGAGAAGACAAGCUGAAGAAGAAAGGAGGCAGGUUGAAGAAGAAAGAAGAAGACAAACUGAGGAAGGGAGAAGAAGACAAGUGGAAGAAGAGAGAAGAAGGCUUGUGGAAGAGCGUAGACGGGAGGGAGAAGAGCUUAGACGGGAAAGAGAGGAAGAGGAAAGAAUGCGUUUGGAAGAGGAGAGAAGGAGGGAAGAAGCUAGGGUGCAAGCUAGGCGGCAACUGGUGGACCGCCAAGAUGGUGCGGAGGAGCGACGGGAGGAGGAGGAGAGACGUCUCAUACAAGAGAGACUAAGAGCUGAAGAACAGAGGACGAUUGCUGCUAGAGAGCGGCAGGAGAGGAUUGAGGAAGAAAGAGUUCAGAGACAGCGAGAACUCGAGGCGCGACAGGUUUCAGCUGAAACAAGACGUCAAACUACCGUGACUCAGAGCCCAAGGUCAACGCCUGCCGCAAGAUCAUCUGGGGCACGACGUGGCAAUGUAGUCAGCAAUCGUUGCACUGAUUGUCAGGUUGGAAACGAGACGUUCCGUGGUCAUUCCAGGUUUGAGUACACAGAGAAUUGCCAGAAGUACCGGUGCAUCUGCCACUGCGAUGGCUCCCACGACUGCCCAUCUCACUACACCAUCAACGUCUGUGACCAGGAAGAGGACAAGGAGAGGAGGCGGCAAGAAUCCAGCUGCAAGAGUUGUGACGCCAAGGGAAAGAUUGUCCAGGGCAACAACUACUUUGAUCUGCAGGAUGGCUGCAUCCUCCACAAAAACUGUAAGUGCUUCUGUGAUGGAAGGUGGGAGUGUUCGGCCAACAGAACUGAGAACACCUGCGUCAAGAAGAUCGGAGAGGGCAGUUGCGGAGAGUGUGAGGUGUAUGGGAGUUUCCAUCCAGGGAACUCUAGGUUUAAGUAUGAAGAAGGAUGCUUUGAGUAUAACUGUGACUGCAACUGCAAUGGGUCCUGGUCCUGUCCUCCUGACAGAACAAGGGACAUCUGUCAGAAGGGAUGUGGAGAAUGUGAAAUACGAGGCGAAUUCUUCGAAGGUAACACUUAUUUCACCCAUGAAAAAGCGUGUCUUGAGUACACCUGCUUUUGUAAUUGUAACGGAUCAUGGAACUGCUCUGGGGAUAGAGUAAAGAAUAUCUGUGACCCGACUGAGCAGCCUGGCAAAUGCAGUCAGUGUCAGGUAUCAGAGACGGACACUUACCCUGGUAAUUCUACCUUCCAGUUAAGGAAGAAAUGCAUCAGUUACGAGUGUUCAUGUAAGUGUGAUGGAAGCUGGGACUGCCCUGGGGUGCUCGCGAGGAACAUCUGCAGGGGGGAACGACCAGGAGGCUGCAAGAGCUGCCAGGUUUCUGAUGAAGAAUUCUACCCAGGAGAUUCAGUCUUUGAUAUGAGAAAAGAGUGUAUUCAUUACAAAUGCCGUUGCAACUGUGACGGAAGUUGGAGCUGCCCAGGGGAGAAAGCUAGGGAUGUUUGUAAAGGAGAAGUUCCCGGUGGAUGCAAAAGUUGCAAACUGUCUGAAACGGAAUUCUACAGAGGUGAAUCUGACUUUCAGAUGAGGAGGGACUGUAUUCACUACAGCUGCCACUGUAACUGUGAUGGAAGCUGGAACUGUCCGGGAGCUGAUGCUAGAAACGUCUGCCGUGGUGAGAUUCCUGGUGGAUGCAGAAGCUGUCAAUUAUCAGAUGGGAAAACAUAUCCAGGGAGAGCUAAGUUCCGUCACACGAAUGGUUGUGUUGUCAAGGACUGCAAAUGUUCAUGUAACGGUACAGUUGUGUGUGAUGAAGAAACUGCUGUCAACGUCUGUUCGACCCCGCCCCCCACGCGACAGAGGACACCCAGACCCAGACAAAACUUAGAUAACUGUCAGAAAUGUAUGGUGGAGGGUAAUGAUUAUGAUCCAAACUCCAAUUUCAAACUGAAGAGGGGGUGUUACGUCUACCCUUGUCAAUGCAGUUGUAAUGGGAGAUGGGGCUGCAACAGAGAUGAUGCUUCCGAUGUUUGUGCUGCAAAAUCUGCAGCUCAGAGAGGGUCACGCAUAGGGCAAAGCAGCUGUCAGAGAUGUAUUGUGCAAGGCAGAAACUAUCCAGGUGACACUGACUUCCGCCUUCGGAGAGGCUGCAUCUCGUAUAAGUGUAAAUGUGCCUGUGAUGGACGUUGGGAAUGUCCUGCCGACAAGGCAUCAAAUUUCUGUCCAGGAUCAAGGGAACCAACUGUCGGGUGCAAGCAGUGUGAAGUGGAUGGGCAAAGCUACACUGUAGACAGUAACUUUGAUAUGAGACGAGGCUGUGUCCGAUACAAGUGCAAGUGCAGAUGUGAUGGAUCCUAUGGCUGCCACGUCACACAAGAUAGUGCUUGUACUGCUGGAGAACGCCCUGCUAAUUGUGGUAACUGUGAAAUCAGUGGAUAUGUCUACCCGGGCAACAUGGGUUUCGUUGUCAGAGAGGGCUGUGUGCAGAAGGAGUGCAACUGUUACUGCAAUGGGUCAUUCAGUUGUCCUGAAGAAAACAGAGUUGACAUUUGUCGGAAUAAACAGGCGUCACGGUUACUGAGGGAUGGUACAUUCACAAGCACUGGAAACCUUGGUGAAACGUUUGGAAGUGGAACUCAAGUCUUUAAUCAAGGAAGUGAGCAGUAUACUGUAACAAGAAGAAAUCAGUUUAGAGGUGGACAACCUAGGCGCGUCGGUCAAGUCGGGCAAGCUGGACAAGUCGGACAAGUUGGACGAUCUGGACGAUCUGGACAACAUAUCCGGUCUCAUGGAACCCAGUUCCAGAUUCCAGGCGGACCCAUGUUCCCACAAGGAGGAAGGCCCUAUGUCUUAAGAGGAAGCAUACCAUUAGGGGGACCCAUUUCUCCUGGUCAGAUCGUCACGCGUGGAGGUCAGCAAUACGUCCUUAGAGGUAUGAGACAGUUUUUAGUACCAGGUGGAGGUCAGUUUAGACCCGGAGGAGCUAUACCAUAUCCUGCGCAAAGGAACUUUUAUCAACAGAUUAUAAAUCCUGCAUUAGGGGGACAAGGAAAACCAGGAAUGGGUGCUCCGCAAAGGGGUGUCAAUAGUCAGUAUUCAUACGCCCAAUACAGCCAAACAAGGUCGAGUCCGGACGCUGCUGGUAGUCUUCAUGGCGGUGUACCAAUAUACAAUGUAAGAACAUCUGGUGCCACAGGGGGUUCCAGGACUGUAGAAACUGCUAGAACUAAUGGCAACCAAGGUGGCGCUCCUGGUAGAAUGGCUUAUGGAUCGGCAGUGUUCCAAGUCAAGGCUCCAUACGCUCCUGGUAAACGUACCAGACAUGUAGGACAGGUAGCUGUGAACCCCAAACCCGGUUGCAACGAAUGUUCUGUCGAAGGACGAAAACACCGUGGCGGCUCCACGUUUCAAAUCAACAAGGACUGCGUUCAGUUCAAUUGUAGCUGCGAGUGCAGUGGGUCCUGGACCUGUUCAGGGGAAUUCUCCACCGGUUGCAAUACAACGGAGCCUAGCAGAAAACCACAAGGAGAUGAUGCCGGGACUUGCAAGAAGUGUUCUCUUAAGGGCAGUACAUAUCCCGGUGACUCUACUUUCCAACUGGUUCAAGACUGCUCAGAAUACACCUGUACGUGCACGUGCUCGGGGAAGUGGUACUGUCCAGUACAGAAGCCAAGACAGAUUUGUGGCAGGCCCCGAGGCGAACUGAGACAGAGGACAGCUUCUUGUCAGCUUUGCGAUGUCAGGGGAACGGAUUAUCCGCCUCACUCUGAGUUCUUGUUAAAGGAAGGCUGUUUGCAGUACAAAUGCACAUGCAACUGUGACGGUACCUGGGUUUGUCCACCUGCAAAUACUGUGGAUGUGUGUCAAGAGGACAGAGAGAAGGAAAGAAGAGAACGUGAACAGGCAACCCAAAACCAGAAAUACACCACCAGGCUUCCUCAGAGUUGGGGAACCGUUUUCACCACUAAGGUUCCGGUAGGCCAGGCACCCAAGACCAGAUACUCCAACACUAGGAACGGAAUCGCUUACAAACAGACCUCCUGCCAGAGCUGUGUUGUCAAGAGCAAGACUUACAUACCUGAGAACGAGUUCAAAUUCCGCGAAGGAUGUACCCAAUACAAAUGUCAAUGCUUCUGCAAUGGUACAUGGGAAUGCCCACCACAGGACACCAUCAACCUAUGUCGCUCCCCUGAUUACAGAGUCGACGGAUGCAAACAAUGUGAAGUAAAGAAUGAAACCUACCCUGGGGGCAGUCCAUUCCGCUAUAGGGAGGGGUGCUGGGAGUUCAGCUGCUUCUGUGGCUGUAGUGGGGAAUGGAGUUGCCCAGCUAACCGUACUACUGACACGUGCAAGCACUCGGGGUCUGCUAUCUCCUCCAGGUGUAAACCUUGCAUGAUAGACGGCAAGGUGGUCGGGUCAAAGAGCAACUUCAACAUGCGGCGAGGCUGUUUCGAGUUCCUCUGUGAGUGUAACUGUGAUGGGAGCUGGACCUGCCCCAAAGACCGGUCUCUCAACAUCUGUGAAGGAGAAGGGAAAACACCUAGCCCACAUUACAAAUUGAAAGGUUGCACUGUUGGAAACCGGACGUUCUUCAGCCGACUGUUCGCGUAUACAGAGAAGUGUAUCCGCUACAUGUGUAUCUGCUACGACGGGGGUGCCUGGAAGUGCCCCGCACAGAAGAGCAAGAGAGUGUGCUGAUCGUCAGAGAUUUUGCAAUAAACGUCAUCAUUACGGUGCAUCCGGUCAAGAACAAGAGACAUUUUCUCCUUGAAAUCGCAGUUUUAUUUCUACAGCGGAAAUGUAAAAGCUGCAUUUUGGGUUCAAUUAUUGUUCGAAUAUCAUUUUCCCGUUGUAGAUAAUUCCGCCCUGAUCACGUCACUUUUACGUAUGUCAUUAAAAUUCACCUGAUGGAAGGUUACCGUUUAAAUACUCGGAAUUUAAUAUUACUUCCUAAUAGAUUUAUAUGUUUGGCAGGCGGUGAAAUUAUUUUUAUGUAUACCCUCGAACGCAUGAAUUGGCCGUACAAUUACUACAUAUAACAUGUAUACUUUCCCUGGACUCAACUAGGUUAUCUAUCGGACUGUAUUACCAUACAUGUGUCCUCAACCAUUUUUCCAUGAAAGAUCAUUUAAUGAAGGGUACUUAAAUUCGCUACACAUCUUCCGCAAUGAACUGUUCUUUUUUUCUAUGUGUUUGACCUUCUAAAUAAAAAGUUCUGUGUAGUUUUGCUAUUCUUCUCCCGGCUUUGCAUAUCUGAUACUCUUUUUCUAAACAUGUUGUAUUCUAUAAUAAAAAAACAAAAAACAUAUUUUUAUUUUUAACUAAUUUUAUGUUAUGUAGAUGUAUGGUUUAUGUGAGGAUAGACACAAAGUAAAGUAUAUUUCUUCCGUGUGGGGGUUAUUCCAAAGAGUCAUGCCGGUUUGUCUUGGUCUCUAACGAAGUUCCAGACACGCCUCGAAAGUCAGUCUUCAUCUAUUACCGUAGAAAACAUUUUUAAUUCAAAGGUUUGACAAACGCAGCGGAAACAAAUUUAUCGAAAGGUCUUGAGCAAAAUAAUUUCAGAGAGAUAAUUUACAAGCAUUUGUGUUUAUUGGUGUACAUUUGUAUGUAAAUUAAUAUACUGGACAAGCUUAGUAACAAUAUAUCAAUUUAUUUUAAAGGAAUAUAUUUGGUGGGAUAGAAGAGACAGUAUUCUAUUGUUGUCCUUGGAUCUAUACGUCCAGGACAAACCUUUGUCAUUUAUGACUGUAACGUGCGUUCUAUACGUGUACGGUUCGAAGCUAUUACCGGGCAUUAAGAAGCAGUUCAAAGUUCAAUGUCGGAUACAAAUCUUUUUUUCUUUGGAGGAAAUGGAAGUUAACUGGCUUGUAUGCGUUCCAUUCGACGAAAACAACUUUUAAGGGUUAUUAAAGUUCAAGGCAAUAAAUAUCAACUGUAAACGUCGCAUUUCUACUCUUAAAAUCGAAGACACAAUGAGAUGGCAAUAGACAUACAAGGAAGGUAGAGUAAGUUCACAACCUUCCUUGCAUGUCGUGAUAAUAUGAUUUAUUUAUUUCUGAUGAUAGUAAAAUAUUUACUCUUAAAUUUAAGUGUGCGGAGGUAAACUUAAGGAUUUCUGAUCGAACAUCGAACUGUUGAACUGCUCCUAAAAGUGGGUCAAUGUCGUAUGUCUCGACAGUGCACUCAGAGAACGCAUACCCUGUAUCGGCUCUGGUGUUACUGAAGCCCAGGCAAUGAUCAUGUAUAGCAUUGAUCACACGUGCACCACGAACCUGUGAAGUGUAUCGUCUGCAGGGCACCUCUCAGGAUACAUGCAUUUGUAUCGCUGCACUGCAUGUGAUCAAAUGACGUUUUCGUGUUGGACAAGAUCCUUUAUCUGUGCUUCAAAACACAGAUACAGAAAACACGGAAGUGGGAAAACAGUGAUGGAUGAGUUUCAAUGAAAAAGGUUUGAUAUUUACGCGUCUGUAUGCCCUACACUUGUCAUAUCACCGAGUUUUAAUGUUUGUAAUGUCUUUGAUAUUGUUGAUUUUUUAUGAUAAAUUACCAACCAUUUCUUCA